ACAAAAGAUAAAAGGAAAAGGGAAAGGAAAGAAAUGUUGAGUUGCCAAUGGAGCAGCAGCUUCACUAGAGUAUGCUACAGUUCACCAUUUCCCUCGCAGCAAUUUAAUAAUAAGGCGUUAAACUUGAACAGACACUGUUCCCUUACCAAAUCAUCUAUGGAGGAUUCCAGUUCUCAGGUUUCGCAAUCGCUCUUUCAAUUUCUCACAAAGAAGCCUUACGAGCCUCCUCAAUGGGCCUCUCAUCUUAGCCCCCUUCCCUCUCACACUUUUUCCCUUGGACAUUUUCCGACUCCAAUUCACAAGUGGAACCUGCCUAAUUUGCCCAAGGACACUGAGGUUUGGUUAAAGCGUGAUGAUAUAUCAGGAAUGCAGUUGAGUGGAAACAAGGUCAGGAAGCUAGAGUUCUUGUUGGGAGAUGCUGUGGCACAGGGGGCUGACUGCAUAGUAACUAUAGGUGGCAUACAAAGUAAUCACUGCCGUGCUACUGCUGUCGCUUCCAAGUACAUAAACCUUGACUGUUAUCUCAUCUUACGCACUUCAAAGUUGCUUGUGGAUAAAGAUCCUGGAUUGAUAGGGAACCUCCUUGUUGAGCGAUUAGUUGGAGCGCACAUCGAUCUUGUCUCAAAAGAAGAAUAUGCAAAAGUUGGCAGUGAGGCUCUUACCAAAUUAUUGAAAGAAAAGCUGUUAAAUGAAGGAAGAAAGCCGUAUGUCAUCCCUGUUGGUGGAUCCAAUUCUUUAGGAACCUGGGGCUAUAUUGAAGCAAUCCGGGAAGUUGAGCAACAACUUCAGCACUCAAGCAGUGAAUGGAAAUUCGAUGACAUUGUUGUAGCUUGUGGCAGUGGGGGUACAGUCGCUGGUUUGUCAAUUGCAUCCAGGCUCAGUGGCUUGAAAGCAAAAGUUAAUGCAUUUUGUGUUUGUGACGAUCCGGAUUAUUUUUAUGAAUAUGUUCAAGGCCUACUUGAUGGAAUUAAUGCAGGCGUCAGCUCACGUGAUAUUGUUAGCAUUCAAAAUGCGAAAGGCCUUGGGUAUGCUAUGAGCACAGCUGACGAGCUUAAAUUUGUGAAGCAAGUUGCUGAAGCCACAGGUGUUAUUCUCGACCCUGUCUACAGUGGUAAAGCAGCUUAUGGAAUGAUAAAAGACAUGAACGAGAAUCCAACAAAGUGGGAGGGAAGAAAGAUUCUCUUCAUACAUACAGGUGGCCUACUGGGUUUAUAUGACAAAGCUGAUGAAAUGGCCUCAUUAAUGGGCAAAUGGCGUAAGAUGGAUAUCAAUGAAUCUAUCCCAAGACAAGACGGCAUCGGCAAAAUGUUCUAAAAUCUUGAAAGAGGUGAUACCAAAUUGUGUUGUCAACAUGUCAGGAUGAGCACCAGCAUUUCUAGAUUUUUUUAGUUGAAUAAAAGAAAGUGCUUUGUGCCACUUGUACGAAUGGUUGAAUUAUGAAUAUGAUUUAUCUCUUGAAAGCUUGAAUAAUUUGAGUGUAAA